AUGGUGGACGCAGAAGCGAACCAGCCGACGUGGAAGUUUACGCAGUGCUUUGGCGAUAAGGGAGAUGUCGAGGAUAUUACUGAAGCCGAUAUAAUUUCGACGGUCGAGUUCGAUCACACUGGCAACUAUCUAGCGACUGGCGACAAGGGCGGGCGGGUUGUGCUCUUUGAGCGGAACGAGACGAAAAAAACAUGCGAGUACAAGUUUCACACCGAGUUCCAGUCCCACGAACCCGAGUUUGACUACCUGAAGUCUCUUGAGAUUGAGGAGAAGAUCAACAAGAUCAAGUGGUGCCGGCGACAAAACGCCUCGCACUAUCUUCUCUCGACCAACGACAAAACUAUCAAGUUAUGGAAGGUGUUUGAGAAGUCGCUCAAAGUUGUGGCCGAGAACAAUCUUUCACAUGACUUGACUCCUGCCAACACGGCCGGCGGCGGCGGCGCGCCGCGUGCUGCACCCCAGUCUCAAUUCCGCAGUGCUGGCGACCUGAAGCUACCCAGACUUACCCAUCACGAUACUGUCGUGGCCGCCGUUCCCCGGCGGACCUAUGCCAACGCCCAUGCCUAUCACAUCAACAGCAUUUCGGUGAACAGCGACGGGGAGACCUUUAUCAGCAGUGAUGAUCUGCGCAUAAACCUGUGGAAUCUGAACAUCCAGGACCAAAGCUUCAACAUUGUGGAUAUCAAGCCCGCCAACAUGGAGGAACUAACAGAGGUUAUCACGGCGGCUGAGUUCCAUCCUCUGAGCUGCAACUGGUUCAUGUACGCCAGCUCCAAGGGCACCAUCAAGCUUGCCGACAUGCGGCAAAGCGCCCUCUGUGACCAGCAUACCAAGUUGUUCGAGCAAGAAGAAGACCCGUCAUCACGAUCUUUCUUCUCGGAGAUCAUAUCGUCCAUUUCGGACGUUCGGUUCUCUUACGACGGCAGAUAUAUCCUCUCGCGUGACUACCUGACGGUCAAGAUCUGGGAUGUCAACAUGGAAAGGCAGCCGGUCAAGACUAUUCCAAUCCACGAACAUCUUAGGCCGAGGCUAUGCGAUACGUACGAAAACGACAGCAUCUUCGACAAGUUUGAGGUGGUGUUCUCUGGCGACGCGAAGAACGUGAUGACGGGCAGUUACAACAACAACUUCAUGAUUUACCCCUCGGAUCCGGACAAGGAGGUUGAAGUUGUACUACAGGCGGACAAAUCGGCUUUCAAGGCCAAAAAGGUUGGGGUGCCGACUCCUAUCAACUCAUCGACAAGUCCGACAGCGAACGGAGGCAAGAAGGGUGGCUCCCGGGCGGGAAGCCCAGCUGCAGGGGCUCAAGGGCAGAGGAUGCGUAAGGAGACUGAUGCCGACCAAAUUGAUUUCAACAAGAAGAUUCUGCACAUGAGUUGGCACCCCUUCGAAGACAGCAUUGCGAUUGCUGCAACCAAUAAUCUCUUCGUCUUUUCUGCUCUGUAG